AUGUCGCCUUCAAUAUUCGCAGGUCAGGCCACAGCUGCUCCAGCACCGGAAUGGUCACAAUGGCAACAUUCGUGUAACCUACAUACCCAACAAACCCGUGUCAGCUUUUCCAGCAUGGCCCCAGAGCAAAGGAAGGCGUACACAGAUGCAAUCGAGUGCAUUCACAGUCAGCCAUCCAACCUGGAUAAAGCUCAAUAUCCUGCUGCGGUCAACAAAUACCAGGAUUACUCUGUGGUUCACACAAACAGAACGGGCCAGGUCCACCUCAGUGGUUUCUUUUUGACCUGGCACAGAUACUUCAUCCACCUCUUCGAGAAGGACAUGAGAGAGACUUGCGGAUACAAGGGUCCACUUCCGUACUGGGACUUUUCCGAGAAUCUGCAAGGCAGUGUUGUCUUCGAUGGUUCUCCAUACUCCCUCGGUAGCGAUGGUGCGCCCAACGGUACUGCACCGAUUGCCCUAGGCCCUCAGCUCGUCAUUCCUCAUGGAACCGGAGGUGGAUGUAUGAAAUCUGGUCCAUUCAGUGACUGGACGGCCACAUUGGGCUUCAUCGAUCCUCUCUUUUUGAUCAGUGGUGCACCGCUUCCAAAAAACACUUACGACUAUAACCCCAACUGUUUGAGCCGCGACAUCAAUGCAUAUGCUGCCCAGACCUGGACCAACUACUCUGAAGUUGUAAUGACCUCGCACUCCCCAAAUGCUCAGGCGCUCGAGUUCAACGUCAACGGCGUCAUUGGUGGUUCUGCUCUAGGUGUUCAUUCCGCCGCUCACUUCAUCGUUGGUGGUUUCAUGGGCAGCAUCCACGUCAGUGUGCAAGAUCCAAUCUGGUGGGCCCUGCAUACCAACCUCGAUCGCAUCUACACAAGCUGGCAACUCAACAACCCAAGCGUGGCUUCUGAGCUGUACGGCACCAUGACCGCUCAUAACGCACCUCCAAGUGCCAACGUCACACUCGAUUCCAUCGAGCCUGACUGGGGAUACUUUGACAGAUCAGCCAUUCCUGUCAAGAAUCUGCUCAACACAACUGCAGGUCCAUUCUGCUACACUUACGACAAGUUGAUCUCCUGA